AUGGGGAAAACUUGGCAAAAAAGACCUGGAGAAUGUGCUAGAUAUAACUAUGAAUCUCUUAUUAAUAAAGUUCAAAUUUUGAUUAGUUCAUGUGAGGACGUAAAUGUUCUAAAGUACACUGCAAAAUACAUUGCAAACCUUUCAGAACAACAAAUUAGGACAAUCAUCCUGAAGGCUGAAAAAGAUUACGAAGAUGAAUUGUUUGAUGUUCCCAUCAUGAACCCUAUUUUUUGCAACAUUAUAGACAUAAGUAAAUUUGGUGAAAAAAUUUGGCAUCAAAUUUUCGAUAAAAAUCAAAUUAAGCUGCUUUUUCCGGAUAAAAUUUUUGAAUUUUCUUCUUCAGAAUAUGAAAAUAUUUAUUUCGGAAUAACAAAUGCCUUACAUAAAUAUGAAAUGAAUUCAGAAUGUGCUCCAAUAAUUGAAAUAAAUGGAUUUGAAGCGAAGGAUAAAGCAACAUAUAUUAACAUCUUAGAAAAUUGUCCUGAACAUGAAACUAAAUGUUCUUUUGAAAAAAGGAGUUGGCAUCAUUAUCCGCCGUAUGGCGAGUGGCCAUCAGACUUAGAGGAAUCUCGAAGUAUAUUUGAUGUACUGGACGAGCUCAAUGAUCAAAACAUUAUUGUUGAAGAAAAAGUUAUAAUUAAAAAUCAAAUCGAUAAUGAACCUAUUAUUUUUCUAUCAAAUGCUACUAUUCUAUUAAAUGAAGAUGCGAAACCAGAGAUUACCUAUGUUCGAGUUUAUUCUAAGAAGGUUGAUACAGCCCUUACAUAUACAUAUAGAAAUAACUUAGCAUACCUUCUAAUUGUAGAAGCAAAACUUCCUAAUGACCCUUUCACAGAGUUUAUGAUAAACUCUUACGAUCAAUAA